AUGCCUUCAGUUACGCCUCCACGUACUCGUCAGGCCCACGUAGGCUCUGCUCAUCUUGCUCGCCAAGCGUCCGUACUUGCACCCUCACCACUGCGCCAAGUGACUCACUCGCUUACUUCCGACGAACAUUUUGUCACGGCGAGAGACGACAACGAGGACGAAAGCUUGAGCAGCGACUAUUCCAUUGAGUGGGACACCACCAGCCCUAGCGACAGGAGGGAUCACGACACUGGCGUUCAAGGUCAUUCGUUCUUCGGCAUGUCCACCGAUCACCCGGACUUUCCCCUUGCCCAAGCUCGUCGAUACGCAAAGGAGCAGGGAGCUCGCGCCACUUCCGCCAACAGCGCUAGUGAGUUAUGCGGCGAGACUGAGACUGACACACCUACAGAAGUCAGCGCCAAGACACUUUCGCAUGACUUACCGCCUUGUAAUUUGCGCUUCACUCUCCCCAGACAAUUCGGAGCCUCUUUCGGCAGGACCUCGCUCCUCGACCCCCCUUCGCACGCACCGUCCAAGAUCGGCUGGACGUUCAGUGGAUCAGAGCUCCAGAAGCGACCGUUCCUGGCUUGGACUUUCGUCGGACCAUCCAGACUUUCCUGGCAACAGCGUUCGCAUGAGCUUCAUUAGGCCACAUCAAGCCACCGAUCAGGCCGUCGUCUCUGCCGAAAUCAAUGACGACAUCAUCCGGCGACAAGCUGCCGAGAUCGAGGCGCUCAAGACAGAGAAAGCUACCGCUGCCCUCGCGUCGAGUCGUCGCAUCGAGCGUCUGGAGGAACAAUUGGCCGAGCUGGCGCGCGGGCACCAGCGCAUGAGGGAGGUGCGUAAUUGGCACAACGCUCAGGUGCUGGCGGACGUGAUCAGCGAGGCCGAGAAGACCAAGGACGAGGCUGUCCGUCAAGCAGUCGCCCAAGCACUUGCUCGUCGCGAUCAGCAACACGCCGACGCCUUCGCCGAGAUGCAGACUCUGCACGCGAUCGAGAUUCAGCGACUGCGCGAUGAGCGCUCUGAGCGACCUCCAUCCUACCAGCAAGCAACUGGGUCGGUCGACAAUCGCGAUAGUCGAUAUUCGAGAGUGAGUCAAAGUGCGCACUUGGACGGGCCACAUCGCACCGCUGCUGACGAUGACGAAUGA